AUGCCACAUCGAUUGACACCGCCACCGGUCUCAACAUCUGCUAGAGGUGAUGGUGAUGAGAUCAUCUUGGGCUCGAUUCGCGAGGACAGGGAGAAUGACGGGAAUGGGAGAGCGGCUCCUGCUGGUGGUAGACCCGAUGAGGAGAGCGGCCAUCCAGUGAGCGCCACCUUCGAGAAUAGCCCUCCUCAUGAAGACUUCGACACCGACUCCUCUUCCGAUACCGAGAGCCUGGAUCCCGACGGGCCGGUUUAUGAUGAUGAUGAGUCGGACGACGAGGACCUCUAUCUCGAGUACCUCAAGUUCGAGAACCCGGGGCCUCUUGCGGACGGUGCGGCCGACGGUGCGAGGACCGCGGAUAAGGGCACGAGCACGCGUUUGGACUAUGAGUCGAGCACAAGACCUGCUACGAGGACGAACGCCCCUGGACGCUUGGAAGCUGGUUAUAGUGGCCUCGAUGACGAUAGCACCGCCAGGGCCGCAAGCUCUCACAGCAGAGAAGAAGAAGGAGAAGCAGGUCCUAGUGCCCCCCAGCCAACACAAUAUCCAAGGCUCGACCGGGACGACUGGAAUGAAAUCGGCAGCGACAGUGCGGGUUAUACCUCCCAGUCCAGCUCUACCUCCUCCUCAUCAUCUUCCUCUUCCUCCUCGCCCUCCUCAUCACCCCUCGCGUCAACAACCACAGCAACAGAAGGGGUAGCAGCAGACGAAGCUCCAGGCGAGAAGCAAGACAGUCAGAGUCAGAUCCAGCAAGCGCAGCGCGCCGCGCGCAGAGCUGAGAGGGCGCGCAAUAGGGCGCAGAGGCAUCUAGAUAAGGCGCGCCGGCGGCUGUAG